AUGAAAAGGUGUGAUGCAGACUCUCUAAGUAAAGCUAUUUUAACUUUUGUUGCGGAAAAUAAGUUGGACAUUAGCAGAUGUGUAGCCCAGUGCUACGAUGGUGCAUCAGUGAUGAGUGGAUCUUUUACAGGUGUACAAAAGAGAAUAGCAGACAUUGUUCCACACUCUAUAUAUAUACAUUGUUAUGCACAUCGUCUUAACUUAUGUUUAUUAAAUUCAAUUCAAGACAUAAGGUCUGUGGUAAACAUGUUUGAUACUGUUCAAGGUAUUUAUACAUAUUUAAUGAAUAGCCAAACCAGGUAUGAAUUAUUCACUAAAAUCCAAAAUGAUAAAAAAAUCAAGGUAUUACAUUUGGAAAGAUUAGUAGAAACCAGAUGGUCGUAUUGGUAUAGCUCACUACAAAAAAUAAAACAGAGAUACUCAGAAAUUAAAGAAGUUUUGACUAUUUUUACUCUACAAGGAGAUCAAACAGCUAGAGCAUGUGGAUUACUCGAGGAAAUUUCUACUUUUCAAUUUAUUAUGAUAUUGAGUUUUAUGAAAAAAAUUCUUAAGUGUGUUCACUGCUUGUCAUAUCUACAGAGUUUCCGUAAUGAAGAGACAUUCUUUCAAAUUCAUAAUAAGUCAAAAUUAUUUGCUAAGAAAAAUGGAUUAGCUGAUGACGAAGUAAGAAAAAUAAGAUUAAAAAGAAAUUGUACAUUCAAUAAAAAUUUGGAUGACUACUUGGUCGAUUCUACAUUAGGAAAAGCUCAAAACACAAAUAUUACACAAAAUGUAAAAAGCGAAGUUUUCUAUGCUAUUAUUGACAGGUUUCUGACACAGAUAGACUUGCGUUUUUCUGAAAAAAAACCAAGAUUUAUUUAA